ACUUUGUGGCAAUAUCUGGCAAUGCGCAACAGUUGGCAAUCUUUUAUUUGUUGAUUGUCGAAUUUCUACUUGUACCGCAACUUGUUUUAUGUGAAUUGGCAGAAAAAUUAAAGUUUCAGAAAAAUAAAGUGAAAAGUAUUUAUACAAUGAGUAAUAAGAAAUUGAAACAAACAGAUAACAUUGAAAAUUUGUGUCCGACGGCAAGAAAACGUGUUAAAACUACACCAAUCAACAGUUGGAAACUAGCCAAACUGGAAUCGAACUCAUCACCCAGUACUCUUACAACGGAAUAUUUGGAAGAGAUGGGCAUUGGAAUGCUUGACUCGGAAGAGAGUUCAUCUUCGGCAGCUUCAUCUAUAGCAUUGGUAUUGAGUGCAAGUGCAGAUGAAAACUCGAAUGGUUGUACACCGAAUUUGGAUGCUCCAAAAAUGUGUCAUCAACGUAUGACGUCUUGUAGACCAUUGGAUAGCACACUAGAUAGUACACUGAGCAGCGAUAAUAAUACCCUAAUACCUAGCCCCAACAUUAACCACAUUGAAACAGAGUGUAGUAAUUUAACCCAAAAUUGCAAUAACAGUAAUAACAAAGCUUUUGAUGAACAAGCUGAUGGAAGCAAACAAACUCUGCAAAAGCAACAAAUUCAAUUAAAAAAUGGAGACAAAGUAUUAUCACAAUAUAGGAAAGUAGCUAUACUUGGCAUGGGUGCGGGCAUCGCAAGUAAUAGUUCGUCGCCCGUUUCAUCAACAUCCGCAUCACAACUGCACAAUGCAAAUUCCAAUUCUAACUCGCCUUCAGCUGGCAGAAGCACACGUAGUCCUCUGGCCACAGUUUCUGGUAACAGUCAUAAUCGAGCAGCAAGAACUACUUCACAACAUACUACGCAACCGCAACAGGUCAUCGUUGGUAAUGGUGAUGCCACUAUAAAUAAUAUUGCUAAUACUCAUAAUAACGGUAGUUCAACAAAUUCCGGAAUUGUGUCAUAUUCACCGAACUAUAUGACUAUGCCUUCAACAAGCAAGCACAUAACUUUAAUCAAACAACAACAAAGACAACAGCUUCACCAACAACAGUUGAAAGUACAAAGGCGCCAGACAACGCAACCAUCCACUGAGCAGCAGCCACAUAUGACUUUAUAUGAUAAUUUCUUUCUGUUUCGGCAACAGCAGUUGCCCGAUAAUCUUACAGAUGGAAAAGACCAUUUUACUACAUUGUCGGAUGAGAUUGUAUUGCAGAUUUUUAAAUGGCUUCCUAAAAAGGCAUUAGUCCGUUGCAGUUACGUAUGUCGGCGCUUUAAUAGGUGCGCCAGUGAUGAGUCGCUAUGGGCGCGUUUGGACUUAGGAGGACGGUUUUUACGCGCCGGUGCCUUAGAGAAUAUAUUAACGCGCGGCGUAGUAAUACUACGUUUGGCACAGGCUGAGUUAAAUCAUCCUGUUUUCGAUAGUGAGUUUCUCCACGCCGAACCGAAAUUCGAGUCGAAGUUGCAGUAUUUAGAUUUAAGUAUGGCAUCUCUAACCAAGUCUUCGCUAAAGAUGCUAUUGUCACACUGCCGCCAAUUAAAGAAACUCAGCUUGGAACAUGUGCCCAUUAACGAUGGGAUUUGCAAUGAAAUAGCUAAGAACACCAAUUUAGAGGCAUUAAACCUGGCAAUGUGCAUAGGACUGGAGGCCUGGAGUGUACGCAAAAUAAUGGAAUCGUUGCAAAAUUUGAAUAGCUUAAAUAUUUCGUGGACAAAUUUGUCGGUGGAUGCCGUGACGUCGGUGGUAACGAAUGUAACACCUAAUCUUAUGCGGUUAAAUAUGUCAGGUUGCCGCAAAACUCUGUAUGACUCACAUGUGGCUAGCUUGGCUAAACGAUGCACACAACUUUUAGAAAUAGAUUUUUCCGAUUGUACUGCAUUGACUGGAAAUGUGGUUAAUAUUAUUUGUAAAUUUAAAAUGCUCGAAUAUUUAUCUUUGUCGCGCUGCUAUCUCAUCCCAGCCUCGUCCUACAUGGAUUUAGUUAACUUGCCUACACUCACCUAUCUCGAUAUAUUUGGAAUGCUCUCAGAUACUGGGAUGGAAUUGUUGGAGCAAAACUUCCCCAAUAUAGGAAUUAAUAAAUUCAUAUACAGCUCAGUGGCCAGACCGACAGUUGGCACGCGUCGCACAUCGGUUUGGGGUCUCCGUACGCGUGACUAGAAUAAAAACAUGGACGAUAAGAAUAUUUGUAGUUAACUUAGUUUGUGAACAAGACAGAAAUCCACACACAGAUGUAAUAUGAAGUUUUGUAUUAGUUUUUUAUUAAAUGUUUUAUAUAUGAUACGGCUAGUUUCUAAUAAAAUUGUCAUAUUGUCAAAAGGCGCUUAUAAAAAGCAUUAAUUAUGAUAAAUAUAAAAUAAUGAUAGUUAUGUUUUAAUUUUAAUAAGAAUAAGUGAUGCCGUGAUGAAGUUUGUGCAAACUAGAAAUUCACUAUCUACGUAUUUGUAUGGCUGCGUCCCCAAUUUUUUGUUUAAUAAAACAUUGUAUUUUGUCACAUAAAUAA